AUGUCGUCUCAUCAAGACUCUCGAGUCUGGACAGGAGUCUUGGUAAGAGAAGCUGCGGCGCAGACAAGCAAACACCAAGCAACGCGGGCCAAUAACCAGACAACAAGCCUCCCGUUGUCCAGCGCCGCUGCCAAGAAGGCACCAAGAACAUGUCUGCCACGCUGUGCCCUCUCAGGUCCAUCUGUCUUCAGAAUAGUACACAGUAAACACCAAGUUGGCUCGUCAAGAGAGGGCGAAUCUCGGUCGUUUACAGCGCCGUCGCGUCGCCACGUCUUUGCAUCAGCGUCGCCUGCGCCAACCGUCAACCCGUCAACAAGACAAAGCACGCUAUCGACGCUGUUCAUCAGUGCUCACGCUGCUCAGUGUGCCAGGCUGACAGUGCCAUUCGAGUCUUGGUGCCAUCAGUUCAUGUCCAACGCGACCAAUUGUCACUGCCGACGUGACGUCCCAUGUCGUGGUACCACCACACUCUUUUGGGAUAAGCUCGCAAUCCCAUUCCAAAAAGUUCCCACGGCUUUCCAAGGCCGCACCGUUGGCGGCGUUGGCGGCGCUGCCCUGGCGUUUCUUGGCAGGGGAAACGAGGUUUUCCAAGCAGCCAAAGGAGCCAAAGCCAGAUACGUAACUUUUGGGAUUGGUUGCUGUCCAAAAUAA